UCGCGCAACGCCUGCCGGGAGCCGGCCGGAGCCUCCAAGAUGUCGCAGCCCAAGAAAAGAAAGCUUGAGUCGGGGGGCGGCGGCGAAGGAGGGGAGGGAACUGAAGAGGAAGAUGGCGGAGAGCAGGAGGCGGCUCUGCCGCGACCCCGGAGGACUAGGCGGGAGCGGGACCAGCUAUACUACGAGUGCUACUCGGACGUGUCGGUCCACGAGGAGAUGAUUGCCGACCGCGUCCGCACCGAUGCCUACCGCCUGGGCAUCCUGCGGAACUGGGCAGCGCUGCGGGGCAAGACCGUGCUGGACGUGGGCGCGGGCACCGGCAUUCUCAGCAUCUUCUGUGCCCAGGCCGGGGCCCGACGCGUGUACGCGGUGGAGGCCAGCGACAUCUGGCAACAGGCCCGGGAGGUGGUGCGGCUCAACGGGCUGGAGGACCGCGUGCAUAUUCUGCCGGGACCGGUGGAGACAGUGGAGUUGCCUGAGCAGGUGGAUGCCAUCGUGAGCGAGUGGAUGGGCUACGGACUCCUGCACGAGUCUAUGCUGAGCUCUGUGCUCCACGCGCGGACCAAGUGGCUGAAGGAGGGCGGUCUUCUUCUGCCGGCUUCCGCCGAGCUCUUCGUGGCGCCCAUUUGCGACCAGAUGCUGGAGUUGCGUCUAAGCUUCUGGAGCCAGAUGAAGCAGCUCUACGGGGUGGACAUGAGCUGUCUGGAGAGCUUCGCCACGCGCUGCCUCAUGGGCCACUCAGAAAUCGUGGUGCAAGGCCUGUCUGGCGAGGAUGUGCUGGCCCGGCCGCAGUGCUUUGCUCAGUUGGACCUGGCCCGCGCGGGUCUGGAGCAGGAGCUGGAGGCAGGGGUGGGCGGGCGCUUCCGCUUCAGCAGCUAUGGCUCGGCUCACAUGCACGGCUUUGCCAUCUGGUUCCAGGUGACCUUCCCCAGUGGGGACUUGGAGAAACCCCUGGUGCUGUCCACCUCGCCUUUUCACCCGGUCACGCACUGGAAGCAGGCACUCCUCUACCUGAACGAGCCCGUGCAAGUGGAGCAAGAUACGGACGUUUCCGGAGAGAUUACGCUCCUGCCCUCCCAGGACAACCACCGUCACCUGCGCGUGCUGCUGCGCUACAAAGUGGGCGACCAGGAGGAAAAGACCAAAGACUUUGCCAUGGAGGACUGAGCGUGGCCUUUUCUCCCAGCUACCUUCCGAGGCGGCCAGACCUGCGCGGUAGAGGCGGAGGGGGGUCGGAGGAGAAAGGCAGAUCUCUCCUGCAAGUAGGGGGCAUUAUCUUCUGUCUCCCUUUUCCCUCAGGGCUCCUGGGGAGGGAGAGUGACUUCCAUCUCCCUUCCAGGAGAUUCUUCUGGCGAUAUUUAUUAAAAAGUGAUCCCAAUCCCCCGCAACCACCGAAACAGCCUGUAAUCCUUAAAAACACGUGGUACCAAGCACUUGUAUUUCUUUUUUCGUUUGUUUCAUGCAGAGAGACUGUCAGUUUAUGAAGGCUCCAUGCACAUCCCUGACACCUCACACCCUAAGUCUGAGCCAAGGAGAGUGUAAAGGGGUUUGUAAUUAUACGCCAUGAAUUUCCAAUAAUCUCUCCAGAGCCAUAUUCUCUCAUUUUCUGAAUUCCCGCCCUCCCCAGGUGCCUCUAGGCUACAGUAUUUCUUCCUUAUUGUUUUUGAAAUAAAUUUUACUCCUAGUGACAUGGGGGAGGAAAAUGAGGACAAAGUUUGAGUGACACAACUUCCUUAGGGUGCUAAAGUUGCUGAGCACAUUACUCCAUUAAGUGAAGUAAACUUCAUACAUAAUUGUACAGCAUACCUAAGAAAUCUAGGGGUACCUUUAAGUGGUCUGGAUUUUUUUUUUUUCUCAUCUUUAAGAUUUAACCAAGAAAAUGUUUCAUGUAUGUUCCAUAACGAAAGUCUUUAUUUCUUUAAAACACGCUAACAGAGGAGGUGUCUUCGAACCUGACCCGAGGGCUUUUUUAUCACCAUGGGUGAACUAUUUAAGUUGAUUAAAUUAUGGAAUAUGUUUUCCCAGAUAGAAAAUUAAAACUCCUUCAUUUCAAGGGAUCAUGUGAUUUGGCCUACUUACCUCAAGUGGAAAUUUCUUUUUUAGUGUUUUUUCUUUUUAGCUCAGCUAAAUGUGAAAGUUGUAAAUUUAGGAAAACUGUUUGUAAUGCGAGUGUGAGUCAUGUUAUCAGAUUUAUUUUCCUGAUGUUUCCCUGCUCAUCCCUGUGGCAAAUAAAGCAUUGGCAUUCUC